CUCAUCUUUCUUUUCAACUAUCUUCGUAACAGCUCAGUAGCGAAACAAGCUAACAUGUCCGGCGAUAAAAACGACAUUGAACAAACUUUUUCCUUCCGUCCAAUUCCCUCCAGGAAGUUCUCGUUCCUGGAGGAAAAGGAAACCGUCGCUCUGUUGAUGAAAUGGUCCAUGCUCGGGAGGCUGUCGGCGCAAACGUUCAGCUUCGACCAGAAGUUUCACUUUUACGACAGCGAGAGGUUUGCUCUGUGUUUCUUCGCAGACGCCAACGUGCUCUCCGGCGUGAGGACGACGACCCCCUGGAAGCCUCUCAAAAAGCCAGCGGUGUCCGUCGACGUGGAAGCGGUCCCGUGCACCAGGGUCUCCAUGGAUCUCUUUGACCCCAUCUACACUUGCGGCAUAGUGGCGCCCUCCGGACACAUCGCCAGGUGCUUCCACGACGUCUACCCGGACUACGACAAGCUCCGAGAGAUGCUGCAGGAUGAGGACUCUGAGAACUACCACAUACUGGGGUCUGCCGAGCGAGGGGAGUUCCUGUUCCGCCUCUUCAAGCAUGUCUGCCUCGGAGGAGAACUGAAUCAGUACGAAGACACCGUCGAGCCUUACGUCGGCGUCACCAAGAAAUUGUACAAAGAGGUCAUCAGUGUUCAAAAGGAUCCCGAAACCAAAAAGAUUGCCGUCGUCUCCACAGUGCUCAAAGUGUACGUCUACGAUGAGUCGGGCCAGUGUCACCCCGGGAGACGGGACGAGGAGCAAACCUUUGCCUACCUGAUCGUGGACCCCUUCAAACGCCACGUGACGCUACUCAGCCACUCUUACGGAGUUGGAAGCAUGUCCCUUUGACAGCGGGAAU